AUGAAGACCCUAUCAAGGAGUACAACACUAUGUGGGACGAGAAUAUUUCUAUUUGUAAAUACGCAUGUACGAUUUUAUAAAGAAUCACUACCAAAAGUAUUCAACAAGAAAAGUAACCAUUCAAGCCAAUGGAUACAAAGACAAAUAACAGACAGGUAUGUACUGAAAGCAAAAAAUGAGAACUAUAGAAGUAGAGCAGCAUAUAAGUUAAUUGAAUUAGACAAUAAAUAUAUGUUCCUUAAGAAAAAUAAAAUAAUACUAGAUAUUGGUUGUUACCCUGGUAGUUGGUGUCAAGUAAUUUUAGAAAGAACGAAAAAUUAUUCAAAUGAAAUUAUAGGAAUUGAUAAAAAAAUAAUGGACCCAUUACCAAAUAUACAUUUUAUACAAGCAGAAAUAGGAGGAGAAAAAAAAAAUGAAAAUAAUACCCUUCUUGAUGAUAAAUUAAGAGAAAUAUUGCAAGGAAAAAAAAUUGAUAUAAUAUUAAGUGAUGCAGCUGUACCUUGUAUAGGCAACAAAAUUGAUGAUCAUUUGAACUCAUGUGAACUUACAUUAUCUAUAACUAAUUUUAUGGAACAGUAUAUAAACAUGGGUGGUACUUAUGUCGUCAAAAUGUACCUAGGCAGCCAAACGGAGAAUUUAAAGACAUAUUUAAAAACCAUAUUUCAAUUUGUCAAUACUACUAAACCAAAGGCAUCUAGGAGUGAAUCUAGGGAAGUAUACUUAGUGUGUCGGAAUUUUCUCGGUCGAAAGAAAAUUGGAGAAGAUGUACAGAUUAAGGGGGCUUUUUCAUUGAAGGAGGGUUAUUACUAG